GUGUGACGUGCAAAUGAGCGGCUCUUGUGGCCGAGCGGCGGCACGACGAGAUGUGGGUUCCCCGCCGGUAGCGCUAGAAAUUAGGUUACCUUUUAACGACGCGCCUCGGUUGGCUUUCUAAUUCAAAAUCAGUUGGAUGCUUUUGUGCCGCCCGCAUUGGUUAGUUUUCAGGGACGGGUUUUGCCGUGACAAGAAACGAUGUCCUUAAGUUGGCUCUGUCCUUUAAGCGUGUCAAAAGCUGCCCACACUUAUAAACCUGCAGCCUUCACAAAGCGCUGACAGAACGUGCUUGUGAUUCUGUUUGGAGAGGGUUCUCACCCUCAGCGGGAUGUUGUUGAACAGCAGGGCUGUGCGCUCAGCAGCAGCCAGGUUUUCCCUCUGGCUGCACACACCGCUUGCUCGCUGCUUUUGAGCUUUGUGUAAUACACGUGUUUAAAAUACAAUAACAAUAAUAAACCUCCUUCCCAUUCACAGCUGCACAUUUCCCUUCUGGCUUCUCUGGUUUCAUUCCUGGUUCACGCAGAUGAAAAUGCGCAGUGAUUCCUCUGGUGCUUUCUCCCAGCCGUUCAUCCUGCUGCUGGUUCCAGUGGGACCAUCCGAGCUGACGGCUCCUUGGUGGCAGGGCAGAGCCGUGCUGGCUGCAGGGUGGGCUGGGUGUGCUGCCAGAGCUCGCUUUGCCAGGGCUUUGGGCAGUCGCUUCCACCGGCACAACUUGGGAAUAGGUAUCAGGAACCAGUUUUGUGCAGGUAGAGCAGUGAGCGUGUGGGUCUCAGGUGUGCUGCGCUCAGACACUUGUGCUUUUCCUUGUUGGGGUUGGAGCAGGGUGGUGCGGUUAAUGGGAGAGAAGAGUGCUCCUGGCCUGGGAAUGUGCUGCCUUUGUUUAAUGGCACACUGAGGGCUUUCUCUCCAAAUCUAGGGUCUUGGGCUUUUUUAUUUCGUUUCAGGUUGGAAUGUGUGCUAUUCUCUGUGACUACAGAACUUUCAAAGUUUCUAUCAGUGUUAAAAAGGAGUUAGGUAAUUUUCUGUAAAUUGGAGUAGUUGAUAGUAUUUUUGAUGUAACUGUGCCCAGAAGAAAACAGCAGUUUUCUGUUCUUGCACCAGUUCAUGAAGAGCAAGGUGCUGCCAUGACCCAGCUACUGAACAGAAAGCAGCAGAAGAAACCAAGUGUGUUCAUCUGCUGUUCUUGUGACUGUGUUAAACUUCCAUGUGCGCCGUGAGUGUUCUGAAGUGAUCUCUGGUGCACUGGGUGUAAUUAGGUGUUGGUUUCAGGGCAGUCAGUGUAUUACAUUCAGGAGAAGCCAGAUUUCAGUUUGUCUUCAGUGUGUGCAUCUGUCAUAAUUCUGUGCUCUUCCCAUCCUGUCUCUGCAGCUGCUCAUUGCAGUUCAUCACACUGCCACCUGCUAACAUGGUUCUGGUUAGUUGUCUGCCAGAGUGUGAAUGAUGAACUUUCUACGUGGAGGUUUAUCCCUGAAGGUUCUCUAGUAAUAACUGCACUGCAGUUCCUUUGAGCUCCGCAAGUAGACUUUUUCAAAUACAGUUAUUUAAAUAAACAUGUCUGUUUCACUAUUAGCAUUGCCAAGACUUUGGCGCACUACAUCUCUCUCUUCGGCCAUGUCCACUCAAGGUCAGAUGCAGUGAUAAAGUAGAUGGUGCCAUUAUGGCUUAGUACCAGUGUAAAACAACCAACCAACCAUAUAUAUAUAUGCAGCACAUUCAUGUGUACACAUGCAUGCUCACCUACAGUUUUUAUGGGGUAGUGCCUGGAUUUCUGCUCUGAGGAAGCUAGAAUUAAGUACUUUGCAUUUUGCGUCUUUGCCUGAAAAAAAGCAAGAGAAAGGAUUUUGGUAUUGCUGUCCUGUGCAGCUUCUGUUGCUUGUCGUUUCAAAUCAGCCUGCUGUAGAGGUAGGAGAUGAGCAGAGCGGUGAUGCUCGCUGCUGUGCAGUGCUGGGUCAUGUUGCUGUGCACCCUGUGAAGAGGCAGCAGAACUGGCUGUGUUCUUAGAGACAGCUUGUUAGUGUGUAGGGUAAGAUGUCUGUGGCUCACCCUUGUUAGAGCGUGCAAAUCCACCAUGCGUUUGACAUUGAUUUUGGAUUAUCAUUUCGUCAUUUCAUUCGCACAGUGUUUUACAGGUGUUGUGCAAUAGAGGCUCUCUCCUGAAUAAAGUAUGCAGAAAAAAUUCAGGCAGUGCAGUCUCGUCUUUAAGAUGAUCAGAGUAUCAGUUCUGCAGUGUUAACUCCAAAGUUAGAGUUGUAUGUUUGCUGUUGGCCCAGUCAACAAGUAAAGCCCAGAGCUUGGCUCUCAAAGCUAACGUGAUGGCGUGGGGUGGAUAAAACCUCUGGUGUUGUCUUAGUGGAGCAUCAUUCCUCAGGUGGGGAGCAUGGCAGAGCCUGCUGCAGGCUACCAGUCAGACACAUUGCCUGACCUCUGAAACUAUGGCUUUGAAGUGGAGAGGCGAUGAAGUGAAGCUGAACUGUUACACAGAAUUUUAGUAAGAUUCGCAUCUGUAUCAAAGCCAGCCUAGUGUGCAAAUCGAAUCCUCGCCUUGUUGAACUGUGCAAGCACUGCUGUAAGCUAUGCCAAGAGUGCUCCCUUGUUAUGGUAGGGUGAGAAGUGAAGGUGGAAAUCAGAGCAAACCUGAGGUCUUCUCUAUUACUUUGAAUGGCAGCAAGCAUCCAGUUGCUUCCGUGAAACUUCUGAGAGGUGAUGUUAUUUGUGGCACCAGAAUUUUAGUUAGAGCAGGGUGUAACUGGAAGCUUGGGGAGUGCUUGAUGUGUGGGUGUUGGGCAGCCUUCCUUGUGUUUGGGCUGCAGGACUUUGUAGCUCUUGAACACUUGGUGUGUGUGGAUGUAGCGAGUGCUUUGUACGAGCUCCACAACUGUUCAGCGGUUAUUGGGUUGCCUUCAGUUGCUGGGAGUGGAGCUCAGUAACCUGAGUGGUUUCUUUCUGUCUCAUUGCAUUGUUUUUACUUCUUAUUGGUAUGAGUCGUAAAGUUCGAUUUAAAUGUUUUGCCCUUUUGUUGUGAUCAUGUUUACAUGUGAAUUUGCGUUAUGUGUGUGUUGAUCGUAGCCAACUUGUACUAUUGUGCUAGCUGUGGUACAGUCAGUCUUGGUGAGCCCAACAGUUGGAAUUGAGAGGCCUACUUCUGUUUCAGAUACGUGUUUUAAUGAGAGCAGAGGUGAGUUAGAUGCGUUAUGUUUGUACCUGAGUAUGCUGAUUGUGGGUCAAAAUGCAGUCAACCUUCGUGAUUGGAAGGGGUGGAAUUUCAGAUAAAGGUAGCACUGAAAUCCCAGGCUGGGAAGGAGAAAGAGAUGAGCACUUUUACUGGAAAGCCUGACAUUCCGCCUUUUAAGGUAUAAAAUUACCUCCUUAAUUUAGUUGCAGAUUUUUUAAAAUGACAUAAAUUUCCAGUAUCCUCUCAGUGUGCAAACUGUGUGUGCAUGUGGCUGAGAAGGGAAAGCCUGCACCGCCAGCGUGCACCUCACCACCAGCAGUCUGUGGUUAGCCGUGCUAAAGUUGCUGUGUGACUGAGGUCCCCGUUAGCUGGCAGCAGCCUGUGGUGUGUGUGGUGCUGCAGGAGAAGCAGCAUUGCCAUCUGUGUGGGCUGUUCUUAUUAGCUGUUCCAGUGCUACCUGUAGAUGGUGUAUCCUAGGCUAUGGGCUUGAGCAUCUGGUGUGUGAUGUUUAAAAGGAGCAGUUUGAAGUUAUUUUAGAAAUCAAAAACUGCUUUAUUCCUUUUAAUGGUGGAACAUUUAGGGGUUAAUCAUAGGGGGGUUGACAAUUGCUCAAAGCAGCCAAGCACUGCUUUUCCAUUAGCGAUAUAGCUCCCCGAAAACUCAGUGAAGUUCAAAGGUAGGAAAGGAAGAUGUAUGGAUCUCGGCUCUCCUUUUGUAUACAUCUGUCAAAGAAUCCCACACAAACUUCAUUGAAUUGUGCGUUUCUUUUUAACGUUGUGUUUGAGGAUGUAGGCUUUUCAAUGCAGCCAUCUUUAGAAACCUGCCUUAGAGUGGGCAGGUAAAUGAGCUGCCUUAUUGAACACUCCGUACUCCAGAGAAGUGGCUGCUGUGCUGGCUGCUCUGACUGCUGGAGAAUAGCUAAUAGCUGGCUGAUCCCCAGAGCUUGACAGGGAGGGUGUGAAUACCGUCCUUUCCUCUGUGUGUAUGUGCAAUGUUAUUUGGCUUUAGAUUGCUUACUUUUCAGAUGGUGCUGCAAUGGAACAAGAAGUGAGGGUUCUGUCCAGGAAUAUCCAAGGUGCCUUACUGAGACAGUCUAGAUUUUAUUUUUCACUUUAUUCCAUAUCCCUUUUAUUUGGUUUGUAGGAGAUAUUUCUGUGCUGAGUAUGCUCUUUUAGUUUGGUAUUGUUUGUACUUGUUUCAGUUACAAGAAGAGUGUGUGUGCUGUGAGAAAAAGCAUCUUAAGGAGCUGGGUCAUGGCCUACCAGCAGCGAGUUCUGUCUUAGCCCAGUUUGGAUCUGAGUGUUGCUUUCCAGUAUUUCAUAAGUGACUGUAUGAGUACUUGGCUCUGGAAUAGUCCAUUUAUACCAGGUCUUUUCAGAGGAUUGUUAUGCUCUGUGCUGGUGUGUGUGUUUACUCGUUGGUGACCUUUCUGCUCGUCAGACACAGAAAGUUCUGGUCUGCUCCAAAGCUGUUCUUCUGGGCUGAAUUCUUUACACACUGUAAGAGGCUGUCAUUAAUGAUUCUUCAUUCUCUGCCAUCAGAAGUUAUAUGUGAACUUUUACACGGUGGUGACAGCAGGUCUCGGUGAAAUAUUCACUAACCAUUCAGUUUAAUGCAGUGUAAUGUCAAAGAGGAGGAAAUCUUGUGGCACUCAGGCUUUAGAAACAAAUUGGAAUUUACCGUAGGUAUAAAACAGAAGCAACUGAAUCUGAGACUGUGCUUUUCUGGAGAUGAUCAAAUGAAUUUUGUCUCAAAAAUGCUUAUUUCUGUGUGAACCCCUUUCUAAAGAGAUUUAUUUCUGCUUUUUUGAAAGUUGGAAGUAGUGUCAGGCUUUCAUUAGGUUUUUCUUCUCCUCACUUUGAGAAUUACUCAUAGAAGUUGAAAUGGUUCUCCUGGAGUUUACUACCAUGAGUCACUUGUCAUUGAACAAAGUAGUAGUGGUUAUCAGCAUCCUGAAGCGGUCAAUGGAAAGAGCUUUGCCAAGAGGUUCCAGGGAAAUUCCACCUCACCUGGAGAUGAAGAAGUUGGGUUUUCUGCACCCACCUGGAAGCAGAAGUGUUUCAGCACCUGAUUUUCAAGUCUGCGCCCUGAAGGCUGCCUGCUGUUUCCCGGGGAGAUCAUGAAACGACGUCGGCUUCCUAGCAGCAGUGAGAAUUCUGAUGACAAUGGCAGUCUAUCCACCUGGUCCCAGCAUUCCAGAUCUCACCAUCGGAGGUCUUCAUGUUCCAGACAAGAAGAUAGAAAACCUUCUGAGGUGUUCAGAACGGACCUGAUCACUGCCAUGAAGUUACAUGACUCCUUCCAGCUGAACCCUGAUGAAUACUAUGUGCUGGCAGACCCCUGGAGGCAGGAGUGGGAAAAGGGAGUGCAGGUGCCAGUUAGCCCAGGGACCAUCCCAGAACCAGUAGCCAGGAUUGUGUCUGAGACAAAAGCUGUCACAUUUACACGUCCCCGGAAGUAUAUUUCUUCAUCGGGCACGAAGCCUCCAGAGCUGGGUUAUGUUGACAUUCGAACCUUAGCUGACAGCGUGUGCCGCUAUGACCUCAGCGAUGUGGAUGUGGCGUGGCUGCAACUUGCCAACGAAGAAUUCAAAGAAAUGGGGAUGCCUGAGCUGGAUGAGUACACAAUGGAGAGGGUCAUAGAAGAGUUUGAACAACGAUGCUAUGAUAACAUGAAUCAUGCUAUUGAGACAGAAGAAGGACUUGGGAUUGAAUAUGAUGAAGAUGUUGUCUGUGAUGUGUGCCGGUCUCCUGACAGUGAAGAUGGAAACGAUAUGGUGUUUUGUGACAAAUGCAAUAUUUGUGUGCACCAGGCCUGUUAUGGUAUCCUGAAGGUGCCAGAAGGCAGCUGGCUGUGCAGGACCUGUGCUCUUGGUGUUCAGCCCAAGUGCUUGCUGUGUCCCAAGAAGGGUGGUGCCAUGAAGCCAACCCGCAGUGGCACCAAGUGGGUUCAUGUCAGCUGCGCUCUAUGGAUUCCAGAGGUGAGCAUUGGAAGCCCAGAGAAGAUGGAGCCCAUUACCAAGGUUUCUCAUAUUCCCAGCAGUAGAUGGGCAUUGAUAUGCAGCCUUUGUAAUGAAAAAGUUGGUGCUUCUAUACAGUGUUCGGUGAAGAACUGCAGAACAGCCUUUCAUGUCACAUGUGCGUUUGACCGUGGCUUGGAGAUGAAGACCAUACUGGCAGAGAACGAUGAGGUGAAAUUUAAGUCAUACUGUCCCAAGCACAGCUCCAGCAAGAGAGCAGAUGAUGAGACCUUCAGUGACCACCUGUGUCAAGAGAAUGGGAAUGGGAUUCAGGACAGCUCUCUUCCUGCCCACAUUGACCCUUUCCAUAGCAUGGAUCAAAACCAGGAGGAAGCCCACAGGGUCAGUCUCCGCAAGCAAAAGCUCCAGCAGUUGGAGGAUGAGUUCUAUACCUUUGUCGAGUCUCUGGAAGUGGCUAAAGCCCUGCGGCUGCCUGAGGAGCUGGUGGGAUUCCUUUACCAGUACUGGAAGCUGAAAAGAAAAGCCAACUUCAAUAAGCCAUUGAUUACCCCAAAGAAGGAUGAGGAGGAUAAUCUGGCCAAACGAGAGCAGGAUGUUUUGUUCAGAAGACUACAGCUCUUCACACAUCUCCGGCAAGAUUUGGAGCGGGUACGUAAUCUCACUUACAUGGUGACUCGAAGGGAAAAAAUCAAGAGAUCUGUUUGCAAAGUUCAAGAACAGAUAUUCAAUAUCUACGCAAAACAGUUGGAACAAGAAAAAGUCUCAGGUGUGCCUUCUUCAUUCUCUGCAAUGGAAAACGCAGUGUUGUUCAAUAGUCCAUCUUUGGGUCCCAAUGCCCCUAAAAUUGAGGAUUUGAAAUGGCAUUCAGCGUUCUUCAGGAAACAGAUGGGCACAUCUCUAACACACUCUCUGAAAAAAUCACACAGAAGAGACAGAGUAAGUAAUAGCUCUGGGAACAGUAGCAAGGCAACGCUGAGGCAGCCCAGCCAAAGGGGAGACGGUGCAACUCCAGGAAGCCUUUUAAAUUUUGACAAGAGCUUUGCAGAAACACGGAUUGUAUCAGCACAGCAGAAGAAUGGCAUAGUUAUGCCAGACCACAGAAAAAGAAGAGACAAUCUUCCACAAUGCGAGGUAAUCAAGACAGAACUAAAAGAAAAAACUAAGCAUAACCACAAACCACUGAGACCCACAGAACUCUCUCAGAGGCAAUCAGAAAACAAAAGGGCUGUGAACCACUCCAGUGGUAGGUCAGCACCUGGCACGCGGAGGGAUAUAGUGCCUAAAUGCAAUGGGGGUCUUGUCAAAAUAAACUCCAAUCAGACAGUAGUUAAAGUGCCUAUGACACCCACGAGCCCAGUGAAAAACUGGGGCGGAUUCCGGAUUCCAAAGAAGGGGGAGAGGCAACAGCAAGGUGAGAGCCCAGAGGAGACCUGCCGCCAGAACUCUGGUUAUCCCUACCUAGGCGUGGGCAGAGUGUCACCGAAGGAUAGGGCAAAAAGCAAGCCGAAGCCUGACAGCGAGAAUGAUGGGUACGUCCCUGAUGCUGAAAUGAGCGACUCGGAAAGCGAAGUAGCUGAAAAAAAGUGCAGACAGCAGAGGCUCAGCCCAAACAGCACUAUCAGCAGAAGGACGGACAUUAUUAGGAGAAGCAUCCUGGCAUCCUGACCGGGCAAUGGGGCACCGUGGUCAGUGGUCACUGCCUACAAACCAACUUCACUUUAUUUAUUGGUGUGAGAGGGGAGAGUUCUUAGACAUGGCUACAGACCAACAAAUAGCUAGCCCGUUAUUCCUGAGCUGUAUGAACAUGUUUACAUACACUUAAAGCUGGAUUUUUUGGCCCCCUGGCCCAUUCCGUGACAAGUUUGAUUCUCCUUUAUUUGCAUCUUCCCUGAGUAAGCAGAGAAUUGGCAUCACUACUAAAACAGGAUGUUAGUGAUGAACACUAAAGUAAGUCACAAAAUCAUCUAGGGGGCUAGGGUGGGUAGUGGGGAAUUAGGCAGCAUCAUCCCUUUUUGCUAAACUGCACUGUUAAAAUUCCCUUCCCUUCCCCUGCUUUCUGGAAAAGCACAAGCUCUUAAUUUAACUAGUGUGUAUUGAAUCAAAGAUGGUUAUUUAUUUAACCAUAUUGCACUGCUACACCCUGCUACAAAAGGUCACUUGCCUUGGAUGGUGGUAGGUCUUUGUCCUCUCUUUGCAGAAUGUUUGUUGUUGCAUUUGAUUUGAGCACAAGUGGCAGCUUAAAACCCUCCGUAAGCUCCAGAGUUGAUGUGUAAGUACAAGACGGAGAUGUUAAACUGGAAAAAAAGGAAGGGACAGGUCAGGGUUGCAGCUGCCUUACACUGCAACAGCUUAAAAGUACUCAGACUGAGCGUGGAGAAAAGCCUCCAGCAGCUUAGUUCUGGGAGAGGGGCCAGGCUCGCAGGUUACUGUGCCCUGUGGGAUAACCCAUCAGUGUUUCAUUACCUGCCUCCCGAACACCUUGACAACUCAAGCAACAAAAUGCUAAGGCACCAGUCAGUAGGAUUUCCCAAAGCCCACCACGUAUGCACUAAUGGUAACGUAAUGGGAAAGCCCGGCUUAUGACACUAAAGGGUUACCUUAAAAUGGACAUAAAUAUAUAUUUUUAAAUAAAAUGGAGAGGCAAUAAAUUGUGAUUAGCUCUUUACAGUCAAAUGAAGAAAAGUUAUUCUAUUCUGGAUUAGAUUUGAUGGAAGAGGGAACUCGUAUGCAUACUUUUUUAAUAAUUGCAAAUGGCAAUAACAAGAAAGCUAUGAGCAAUAAUAUUAGCAGUUCAUUAUGAUACUUUUUUUUUGUACCGAGUAGAGUGCACAUGUAACAGUGGAUUGUUAGGAGCCUGUACAUUUUGGAAUUCUGAGUAGAUUUAAGUUAGGUAUGCACUGGUGAAACGAAGGUUUCAGCUGCAAUCUGUUGGAGAAACACAGGCAUAAAGAACAACAGCCCAGCCUGCAGUUAACCACGCUCACUUGCAUUUCAUCGUUAGACCCCUGCCUCUUGAGCAGGGCAGAUUUUAAGGUACAGUAGAACUCUGUCAUAACUGAGUCUUCCAGAGGAUUCAAUCAAAAAAAGGCUUAUUAACACCCCGUCUUGCUAUGCAAGUUGUAACUUAAUGAGGUAUUGCAACAGAAUGUAUCCCUGUCCUUUGUGUUUUAAAACUCUGAAGUCUCGAGGUUUUGUUAUCUUCUGGGGUGAUGCUGAGAACAAGAAGUUUGGUUUAGCGUGGUGUUCUUUGGAAGGACCAUUGCUGGACCCAAGAAUUUGGAUUGACCUCAUGACUUGGGCAGAUUGAAGCCCAACAGGGCACUCAGUGUUGAAUGUGAUAUGAUGUAGUUGCUUUUGGGAUGUGUUAAAAUAAAAGUACUUAGAUGAUCAAAAAGCAGCAGACGGACGGAAGGUAAAUGCAGGUAGCUCUACUUGACGUACAACUACACGUUAAGGCAGGCGUUGUUCUGGUAAGAAGCUCACGAGCGCGUGGGGAAUUCUUCAAGCCAUAGAUGGAAUAAUUUAAAUUCUGAUUCUAGCGCGUAACCUCACACCAGUUUGAAAGAGGUACCUUGUUAAUUUGCACUAUUACGAUUGCUAACGUUGUGCAGAAUGAAUGCCUUACCUGGUUUGCUCCCCGAUGAUUAGGUUUAUAAGCUUUCUAAUGUUUCGAGAUAGGCUGAACCAAAAAAGCGCUUCCCCCCCAUUCCAAGAGCAGUCGGAUGGCUGCAGCGUGGCCAGCUCGUAGGACGGCUGCGUCCCUGUGUGCAGGAGGUGGCGGAGGUACAGCAGUGACGGUACAGCACCCCGUACUUUAGUACUUUGUUGGGAUGGAACCAUUUGCUGAAUGUGUGCUCAUAGGCGUUACCUGUGUGCAGGCUGACCAACAGGCCUCGGAUGCUGACUGAUGUGGUGUGUCAGCCCGGAGGCCGGUUGGACUUGUGUCAGUUGCCCGGCAUGGCGGUCGUUGGGUUACGAACUCACACGGAUCUCAGUGAAGGGUCGCACGCGUUGUGUAUCAAUCUGAAUUGCGGACAUUGCAACAAAUGGUCAUUGCGUUUGUCAGACCGUGUACAGGAGAUUUCUCACUACGUGCCUGGCUCGGGUGUCCAUUCGGCUGAAAUUAAUUGAGAAGGUGCAUGAAGAGAAGCAGGUAGAAACAAAAAGUAUAUGUAGAGAUGACUAUUUUAUAUGACACGGCCCAAUCCUGUAUUUAUUUCCCCCCUUUUUUGAAGUAUUUAUAAAGACCUAGUCGAAGACAGCUGUAUUUUUUGUUAAACUAUUGGGUAGAAUUGUGCCUUUUUGUCCGUACGUGAAUAAACGCUGUACAUUUUUGCA